GACGUCACCGUGCCGACGCUCGAUUGGCUCUUCUUUAAGGGACGCCAGCCAAUCACGAGCAAGACGGGGCCCUAUCUGCGGCUGCGCGGGGAGUUUGAAUUUUCCCAGUCCGUUUCCUGCCAUUGCGGUGGGCUCAGCCUUCGGAGGAGGAAGGGUCGCCAUGGAGCCCUCGGCGGGGCGCGCGCAGCUCUAUGAAGCUCAUAUACAAAAUUAUAAAGGCGAUGACCCUCUUGAUCUUUGGUAUAGGUAUCUGCAGUGGGUAGAAGAACAGUCAGAAGUGGAAGGGAGGCAAAACUACCUAUUGCGUUUAUUGGAGCGACUCAUGAAAAUAUUUUUAAAUGACGAGAGGUACCACCAUGACACCAGGUUCAUCAACUGCUGUGUGAAAUUUGCCAACUUUAUUGAUGAGCCAAGUCAGUUUUUUGACUACAUUUACAAUCAAGGAAUUGGCAACAAGUCCUCUUUUCUGUACAUUGCUUGGUCCAAGCAACUCCACAUGCAAGGAAAUUUGUCUCUUGCAAGCUCUGUUAUUCAGAAGGGUAUUCACAAUGGAGCACAGCCAGUUGAAAAACUACAUCAGCAAUACAGGCUGUUGCAGAGUUACUUGUCCCAGAACCAGAUUCCAAAUCAAGUUGGUGUCCUGCAGCCACUUAACCCUCAGAUGUCCAAUCAGAUGGCUUCUACAGCUGACCCAGCCUGUAUCUCCCAAAAUCAGAAUCCAGCUAAUUCUGAACAGGCAAUCAGUUGCAGGGGAACAGAAAAAAAUGGAACAACCUAUAUUAUAACCACAAUUUCCAAAUCAGAAGUUGUACCAACACCAUCAUCCAGUGCCAUGCUUGAACAGAAACCAAUGUACGCCAAGCACCUUUUGCAGUGUGAAGGCUCUGAGCUGAGCUUUGAAGAAUUGAGAGCCAAAGCAUAUUUAAAAAGGGCAGAACGUCUCAAAAGGCACAAGGAAUGGGAGGAUGAAGACAAAGAGUUCAUGAAAAAGAAAGAAAAUGACCUCCUUGAGCUGCAAGAGUUACAGCAGAAAUUGGAGCAGCUCUCCCAGACAUCAUCUUCAUCCCAGAAAACAAUGGCAGUGCCACCUACUCACCAACCUUUUCUAAGCACCACAGUGAGGUGUACGCUCAAGCCACUGACUGCCUUUGUUUUUGUGUUGUACCUUCUGUGUUUCAUUAUGCUUGUUAUUGCUGUUGUUGUUAUUGCUGUUGUGUGCCUCCAAGUCGUUUCCAACUUAUGGGCCCAGAGCACCCUCCCACCCUUCCAAGCAUUGGUUCCUGGCAACCCUAAGGGUGGCCUGCAUAGACAAAUCGACACAGUUCAGUGUUGUCUAGAACAAGCAGAACCUUUCCCAGGACAAUAUCCACAAAACGUUUUGAAUUUUGGGAAAGAUCAACGUUCAGCAGGAAGUGCUGUUCUGCUACACAGUGAAAGUCGCCAACAAGAUACCAGCAAGGCAUCAGUCAACAGUGCUACAGCUCUUCAGCCUAGCAAAAAUUACCAAUUGCAAUCAGUUUCUCAUGGGGCAACAGUAGAAGAUGCUUCAAUUCGGCAGCCUACUGAAAACCACCACCACCAAUCAGUUUUUGGUGAAAUUUUAGCAGAAGGUUAUACUUUUCUACAGCCUAAUAUAAACCACCAGCAACUAUCAGUUUUUGAUGAGCUAUCAGCAGGAGAUCAUUUAGCUCUGCAUCCUCAUGAAAAUCUCCAGCACAUAACCUCACAAGGUGAAAGGGCUGCAGCCAAAGUUAAGCUUGGUUUGGAGGCUUGUGAGAACAGUAUGCAUAGCCUUCACAUCAGCUGUGAGGAUUCUGUCCAGCCACCUCAGAAACGUGCUUUCAUCUCCCACAGUUUUCACCACAGCGAACAGCACUUGAACAGUUCUCAUCAGAAGCUGCAGCCUUCCAUGGAUAUGAGAUGCGGUGCCAGAAACAAUUCUGGUAUCUUUGAGAAUCAUCAGCCAACUCCAAACACAUCAAGCUUUACACAAGCAACUCCAUCUAAAGUGCAGCCAUCUCCUACUGUGCACACAAAAGAGGCUCUGGGCUUCAUUAUGGAUGUGUUCCAAGCACCUUCCUUGAGAGAUACCACUGUGCAUUCAGAGGAAGAUGAGGAAGAUGAGUUUGAGGCAUUCUGUAGAAAUAAAGGACCAUGUGAGGCUUCCAGUUUUAAUAAACCUACUGUUUCAACUGUACCUGUUCCUGUACCUGCUUUUACAAUUUUUGAAGAUGAGAAUGCAGAGGUUCUACAAUCUCACCCAAAGUCAGCAGAGGUCAAAGUUUUGGGUGAACGUCCCAUAGCAGACUGUGCAGCCAAACCAGCAGAAGUAAGUCAACCACCUGAGAGCCUGACAGGUGACUUCACUGUGUGGGCUAAUCACUGCAACAAAAGCUUGGCUCCAAGUCCAAAGAACUUCACGGAUUUUGCUCAUGCUGCUCAUCUUGCCUCAACACCAUUCAAUGCCAUUUCAGUACCUACAGGCCAAGUGACACAGGGCAAAGUCAUUGAGAAUCCUUGGGAUGACAGUUUAAUCCGCCAGCUGCUAUCUGUACUGUCUAAACCGAUAAGUGCCUACAUGAAUACUUAUGAAUGGGGAUCAAGUCUUCCAAUUCUCAGGCCAAAGGCUGAAGUGAAAUUAGGUUCCACAUCUUUCCAUGUUGACAACUUGCUUGGAGAAGGAGCUUUUGCCCAUGUCUAUCAAGCCUCUUUUCUUGAUAUGGACAACACGAAAAAUAAUAGAAAAGUAAUACUGAAGGUGCAGAAGCCUGCAAACCCCUGGGAAUUCUACAUAGUUGCUCAGCUGACUGAGAGGAUGAAACCAAGCAUGCGUCAUCUGUUCAUCCACUUCUAUUCUGCUCACUUCUUCCGUAAUGGAAGUAUUUUAGUUGGGGAACUUUAUAGUUAUGGGACUUUACUGAACACCAUAAACAUAUACAAAAAAUUGACAGAGAGGGUGAUGCCCCAAGCGCUCAUCAUCUACUUCACCAUCAAAAUUCUCCACAUGGUAGAAGAGCUUCACAAAUGUGGAGUAAUUCACGGGGACAUUAAACCUGACAACUUUAUUUUUGGGGAAAGGUUUUUGGACAACACCACAUGUGACAUCGAUGACAUGUCCCAUGGCUUGGCAAUUAUUGACUUUGGCCAAAGCAUAGACAUGACUCUUUUCCCCAACGGGACGGUGUUCACUGGAAAGUGUGAAACAUCUGGAUUUCAGUGUAUUGAAAUGAUGACACAGAAACCAUGGAAUUACCAGACCGACUAUUUUGGAAUUGCUGCAACGGUGUACUGCAUGCUGUUUGGCACAUACAUGAAAGUGAGAAAUGAGCAAGGAAUCUGGAAGCCUGAUGGUGUCUUAAGGAGGAUUCCCAACACAGAUGUUUGGACCGACUUCUUCUUCACUUUGUUGAACAUUCAAGAUUGUAACCACCUGCCCUCUUUGAGAAGCUUGCGGGUAAAAUUGAGAGACUUAUUUAUGACUACAUAUGCCAACAAAAUAACAGCUCUCCGGAAUAGGCUUGCAGUGUUGCUUCUUGAAAAUAGACGGUCACGGAAGUAAAUCUUAAAACUCCUGAGAUGUCUUUGAAAAGACAAAUGGAUGCCAACAUUACUUGAUUGUAUAAUGUUCUCCAAGAAUUUAGACUCAGUGUCUUGUUGGACAAUUUUUAAUAGGUUGGUGCAAGUAUUGUUAAGUGAUACGUUAACAUUUCAUUUUUAAAAAAAAUAAAACAAUUCCUUGU